GAUACAAUGAUUAUAUAUCGUUUUUUGAGAAUUCGACUAAAUAUAAAUGAAUUAUAUUAUUACUCCACAUUUAAUUAUUUUUAUUCUUAAUAAUCAAAAUUAUGUGACGAAUUCAAUAAAAUAGUUGAUUACACCCCAUAAAAUCUACAAUUCUACAAUCUACAAGAUAAGAUAAUUUCAAGAAACUUUCAUAUUGUAAUUGUAAUUUAUAUUUUUCAUCCUAUCCUCCCAAAAAUCUAACUAAAAAAAAAAAAAAAAGACAAAACCCUAACUUGCACCAACGGGAAAAAAAAAUUGAGAAUAACAAUUAAAAAUCUCUUCUCCUCUCCUCUCCACUCAACACCUCUCCACCACCAUCGCCAUUACCAUGUCCGUCGACGGCGCAUAUGAUCGGAGAAAAGACCAAUCACCGGCGAUCACCGCCGUCAACGGCAACAUCAACGGCAAUGGAGUCACGCUUUCUUCGACGCCAACUUUCUGUCUGUCGUUGAACCCUAACAAAGAGCACAAACCCGACAAUUACGAUGACCUAGCAUUGGAGUACGAUCCAAUGCUUUUUACUUGUCUUGAACGUUACUUGCCUCCUUCGUUGUUGAGCUCUUCUCGUGAUUCUAAGCUUCAUUUUAUGCGGGAUAUUUUGCUCAAGUAUUCGCCUGAAGGAGAAAGAAUUAGGAAGCAUCGGGAAUACAGGCAGAAGAUUAUUUCGAAUUAUCAGCCACUUCACAAAGAGCUGUAUAGCAUGCAUGCCACAAACUUCUUUGUCCCCUCGUUUCUUAAAGCAAUUCAUGAUAAUACAGAAGAAAGUUUUCGAAGUAUAAUGUCUGAGCCUGCACCUGGGAUUUUUACCUUUGAUAUACUACAGCCUCAGUUCUGUGAUUUGUUACUGAAGGAGGUAGAAAAUAUUGAAAAGUGGGUUUGUGACACAAAAUGCAAAAUCAUGCGGCCAAAUACAAUGAAUAAUUAUGGUGCUGUUCUUGAUGACUUUGGCAUGGAAACUAUGCUUCAUAAACUAAUGGAGGAUUUUGUACGUCCCAUCUCUAAAGUUUUCUUCCCCGAAGUUGUUUUCUACCCUGAAGUUGGUGGAUCCAGUUUAAUUUCUCAUCAUGGAUUUGUUGUCCAAUAUGGAAUUCAUAAGGAUAUUGACUUAGGUUUUCAUGUGGAUGAUGCUGAAGUCACUUUGAAUGUAUGCUUAGGCCAGGAGUUUUCUGGUGGAGAAUUGUUCUUUCGAGGUGUUAGAUGUGAGAAACAUGUUAAUACGGAAACACAGGCUGAGGAAUCAUUAGAUUACUCCCAUGUUCCUGGACGUGCUAUUCUUCAUCGUGGUCGCCAUCGCCAUGGAGCUCGUGCCACUACUCAAGGGAGGAGGGUCAACUUGAUUUUAUGGUGCAGAAGUGCCGUCUUCCGGGAGCUGAAGAAAUAUCAGACAGAUUUCUCUAGCUGGUGUGGGGUGUGUCAACGGGAGAAGAAAGUUAGGCAGCAGUUGUCAAUUUCUGCAGUGAAAGAGGAAUUGUUGAAGAAGGAAGGGGAAUCAACAUCCUAAGCCACUUGUAUCUAUGGCCACCUUGUUAAAACUGGGGUCAUCCUAGUAGAGAAAAAUAUUAAUAUUUUGCCAAUAUUUAGCAGUAAGGAGUAAAGGUCUUGCCGUAUGAUUUUGUUGUAAAUUUGGGUCUUCAUAUUCUUGUAUUGUCUCGUGUAUGUAGUAGCCAUACUCUUCAUAUAGGCUAACUCAUACUCAGCUUUCAUAAUGUGAGAGGAGCAUUGUAUCCUUUUUGCAUCAGAUGUUUCCUCAUAUUUUUCAAGUAGUUUCGAAAAUAGUCAUUGGUUUGUGAAAUUUGUAUGAGAGGAGCAGUUUCUUUUUUAUUUUCCUGCAUUUGAUAUUUCAGAUGCAUCAAUAUUUGGUCAGAUUUUAGAAAA